UGCUCCCACCGGGGCCUCAGCAGCGCUUCCAGCGCCGGUCCCGGCAGCGGGGAACCGGUUCCUCUGCGGAUACAGAGCGCUGGGUGGUAUCCUCGAGAAAGGCAGGAGGGUGUGUGCAGUGUCCGUUAUGGAUGGGAUUUUCUUCUCGUGUGUUCACCAUGAACUUGUGACGGGUGUGUCUGUAACACACGCUGUGUUUAACUUCUUCCAUCUGAAAGCUCGCUGGGUACCUGCGUUCUGCUGCCGUCAGCAAACGCACCGUGAGCGUCAGACAGCUCCCAAACAUGAAGGCAUGAGAACGGCAAAGAACAUUUCUGUAGUUCUUUCAGGACUUCUUGAGCUGGGGAAGUGGGUUAAGUCUCCUGCUGUUAAUUCUAUCCCGACAGGAAGCGGGCAGCAGUCAGUGACGGGAGUUGAAGCUUCGGAUGAUGCCAACAGCUACUGGCGGAUCCGAGGGAAGAGCGAUGGCAGCUGCCAGCGGGGAGCACCGGUGAAGUGUGGGCAGGCCAUACGGCUCACCCACGUUAACACGGGCAAGAACCUGCACACUCAUCACUUCCCAUCACCACUCUCCAAUAACCAAGAAGUAAGUGCCUUUGGUGAUGAUGGCGAAGGAGAUGACCUGGAUAUCUGGAUUGUGCAAUGCAGUGGGACUUACUGGGAGCGGGAGGACGCCGUGCGCUUCAAGCACGUGGGAACGGAGGUGUUCCUUUCGAUAACGGGGGAGCAGUAUGGGCACCCCAUUAGGGGCCAGCGGGAAGUCCAUGGCAUGCCUGCUGCUAACCAUCACAACUAUUGGAAAGCAAUGGAAGGAGUCUUCAUCAAACCCAGCAUGGACCCUGUAAAACACGAUGAGCUCUGAAUUGACAGAGGAUCCAAAAUGCUUCAGCUUACUCCAGUCUUCAGAGAUGCUAAUCCUUGGUCUCUUCCAAGUCCCGCCUUGCCUAAGCGACUGACUCUCUGUGUUACUGAAGGGCAUUAGUUCAUUCUAGAAAUGCAGCACUUCUCUGGGGAAUGGCAGCUCCCAGGUUCAGCCAUUGACAUUUAUCUGGUGAAAUACUUCCUGAAUUGUCAAGCUUAACUGACGAAACUAGUUCAUGCAUCUGUUAGUUUCCAUUGUCAUUUGUUUGGUUACUUUUUCUGAAAUUCAAAGGAAAUGGAAAAACUGAAUUAACACAUUUCUGCAAUCCCAAGUACAAUAAAAAUGUGUAUUUUGUCAUCUUUUUCCAAUUAUAAUUAAAUAUUUGGAAACUGAUUUCUACUUCUUAGUGAGAGAAUGUUAUUAAUGAGGAGAUGGAGUAAGUCUAGAAAUGGAAAAGUUGUUCUCAAAUAUGGUGUCUUUUCAACUAUUCAGCCUUCCAGAAAAAGAAUGUGGUCAUUUGAAAAUUGCUUCCAAUGUCUUUCAUGAGUUUCGUUAUGUACUGUAUUGGAAGAGUUGAAAAUAUUGUGUAUGUUGGAGUAAGAAGACAGAGUUUUAAUUUAUUCACUUUCUCCAAGAAGUUCAGGUUUUCUGGUAACGGUGACACUGCUGUUUGUCAAAUGGUGAGACUGCUCUGCUCUGUGAACUGGUGCAGGAAGCAACUGUUUGUUUCAUUAAUAGUAGCAUUUUAUAAAAUUCUAUGUGGUGCGAAGGAACGGUUGAAUUUGACUGACUUGUACUUGCAUGUCACUCUGCAAGGUCAGUAUAAGAAUCUAGAUGAAUAAAUAGUGGAGCAUACAGCCA